ACGAUCCUGGCGAGCAGAGUAUUCACAUUCAUGUUAUUAAAAUUAUCGCGUUGCUGGAAGUUUGUAACGUUUGUAAUGCCGUCGCCUUGUUUUGUACUUGCAAUUUAUUAAUUUAUUAUAAUAAGAUUUUUUACUUAACCGAUUUCCGAUCCUGUUGUUUCUCCCAACGUUCUCGUAGUGUCCAUUUGGCUGACGGAACAUACGUCGUUUGUCACCUGAUACGAUUAACGGUGUAACCCAUUGGUCGUCACCACUAUUGCCGGUCGGGUAUCAACCGAAAACAACGAGUUACGGCCAGUCAAAACUGGCUGUAAGCGGCUGAUCCUUAUUAGUAUAGUGUCCAUUCGUGCUGGGUUCAAUCGGCUUUCUUGUAAAACUUCACUUUCGUCAUCUCAUUUCUUACGUCGUUUGCUCCGAAACUGAUUCGCAGCAUUCUUCAAGAUGACCGAAGAAAUCGAAGAGAUCGUAAGAUUUGUUGGAGAUGAAGAAUGCACUCGCACAAUUCAUAGUAACUCUAUUCAAGUUUUUUCAAGUCAAGGAUCUCAUAAUAAAGGAAGUUCAAAAUUAACACUUAAAAAUUUUGUUAAUUUUAAUUGGGAUCAAUGUUAUUACCGUGGGCAACUGAUUGCCUUGCAUAUAAGUGAAAAGUACAUAGCUUAUGGUUUUUCUAAUACUGAUACUUUUGAAGGUUUAGUUCGUAUUAUCAAAACAGAUAGUAAUGAAAGAGCAUUAAUUAAAGGGUUUUCAAAUUUAAUUGAAGAUAUAAGUUUUGCUCAUCUAUAUGAAAUAAUAAUGUUGGCCUGUAUUGACCAAUCUGGAACUACAUUUGUGUAUGUUAUUAAAGAAGAAAGCUGUACAUCUCCAAAGCUAAGAGUUUUUCCAGUUUUUCAGAUCAAUGGGGAUCCAUCAUAUUGUUUUAAAAAUAAAUACCUUUUAUCUUGGUGUCAAUUUAUUCCGGAACAAGUAAAUCAUUUAAAAGAUCUUGAAUUUGAUCCAACUUAUAAAGGAAAAAUGUUGGCAGUGGUUCGUGCUUCAGAAGUUGAAAUAUGGCAUGUUGGUGUUGCAAGCAACUUUACAGCGGGUCCAAUUUAUGCCAAUGUUAGUUUGAAUAAAUCAAUGGACAAACAUCUUUUAAAUAAUAUUAAAAGUGCAGUAAUAAAAAUCAAUUUAAAAGAAGCUGAUAUUAUUAGUUUAUCAUUUUCUCCUGAUGGUUCAAAUAUAUCAUUAGCAUUAAGCAAUGGAUCUAUUUAUUUCUAUCAAGUUUCUUUUGACCAUAUUUCUGAUACUCCAAAGCGUGUAUUUAGCUGGCAUCCUCAAGAAUUAUUUUUGUCUUUAAAGUCUUUGGCAUUUUUAGACAACCGUAAAACUAUUGAUGGCGAUGUGGAACUUUGGAAGUAUGUAGUAACUUUAUCUAACAAUGAUGAUAUUAUUUUAUGGUCUUGUGAAUCGUGGAAACCUCUUCAAAAAGUAAAAUUUGUUCGACCUUUUACAAAAUUGAAUCCCAUGAAGCUAACAGUUGAUGGAACUGGAAGAUAUAUAUUUUUGAGUGACAUUGACAAUAAUUUAUUAUAUGUUAUGGAAGUAACUGAUGAUAUUAAAUCUGCUAAAAAAAAUAUUAAAAUAGUUAGCAUUACUGAAGUUUUGCUACAAAGCCCUAUGUUAAACAUGAUAAUUGUUGAUGCUAAAAUUGAGCAUAAUGAUUUAGAUAUUACAGAUAAUCACAGUUCAAGUAAUAUUUUACCUAGUUCUAGUAACUAUACAACUAUAAUAAAUUUAUUUGCAAUUCAACCAAAGUCACUACAAGAAGGUCAAUUAAUUAUUACAUCUCCAGAAUUAUCUACUAUGGAACAAUGUAAUGACCAAAUAAAAAAAGAGCCUACAAAUAUGUUUCCAAAACCACCAGUAUUAGAUCUUCUUAUAGAAUCUGUUGAUGCCACUACAACUAAUAAUACUUCUGAAGAAUUUCAAAUAAAAAAAGAAGAUGCUAUUUUGCAUGAUCUAACUCCUUUGGAAGUCCACAGUAUAGUAAAAGAAAAAUUAAGAUUAAAAGGAAUAAGUCUGAAUUCAAAAAAUGUUCCUCCUAAACCUUCUAAUUCAACGAAAAUUCAAAAUAAUCAAAAGAAUAAUUACAACAAUAUACAACCAAUUGUAGUUCAACCAUCAAGUACUUAUGCCUACCCCCAAGAUCCUUUUGACUUGGAUGAAACAAGAGAAUGCAGUCCUAGUAACAAUGAAGUUCAGACCAUUUUACAACAACAAACUGAUGAAGAAUCACAGUACAAUUUAAUGGAAAUACACAAUUUUGAAACUGUGAGUAAUUAUUCUAAUGGAAUUGAUGAAAAAGAAGAAAACAAUUGUUAUUCAAGCAAUUCUGUGUUCAAUGGUUCAGAAAUCUCAACAAUAAGACGACCUUUGGAUAAGUCUGAACUAUUAGAUAAUAGAAUUGGUAUCCAAAUAGGUGAUAUUUUAACAAGUUUACAAGACAUGAACACUCAGUUAAAAUGUAUAUCAAAAAAACAAAAAAAAAUGGAUAAUCAAAUUAAUGCUGCUAUGUCAAUGAAUUCAACUAGUUUAUGUGAAAAUCUAGAACCAGUUCUGAUGAAUAUGGUUAAGAAUGCAAGUGAUCAAUCGCAUAGGAAACUUCAAAUUAUGAUAGAUCAUCAGCUAAAUACCUCUCAUAAGAAAAUAACAGAAAUUGUCAAAGCCACCAACUCCAAUAAAGUCGAUACUGAAUUAUUUACAAGAUCUUUGGUGGCUUCAUUGAAUCCAACUCUUGAUGCAAUUUUGAAAGAUCUCUUUAUGAGUACAGUUAUACCUAAGUUUGAGCAUGCUUGUUGUUCUAUGUUUAAACAAAUUGAUGCUUCAUUUACUGAAAGAUCACUAGAAUACCAAAAUGAAUUAAAGUCUUUACUAAAUGAAGAGGGUAAUAUCAAUAACAAAUUAGAAUAUGCUUUUGAUAAAUUCAGGGUUGACAUGAAUAACACAAUUAAAAGUACAGAGAAAAAAAUAUUAAGCACCCAAAAUGACUUGCAAAAACAAUUUUCAAUUCUACUUAAAGAGUCGCAUAUAGAACCAUGUGUUAAAGAUACGGACAAUACUGCUAACCAAUUUAUGAUUUUAAGUGAUAUUAUAAAACAAGGAGAUUAUGCUUUGGCUUUUGAAAAAGCAUUGUCUGCAUCAAAAUUAGAGUUGGUACUUUUUGUUUGUGAAAAAGUACAACCAGAACUACUUUUUAUUCCACCAAAUGCUUUAAAAACUCCAAUUGUAUUAUCGUUGAUUCAACAGUUAUCUCAUGAUUUAACAAAUAACACCGAACUUAAACAUAAGUAUUUGGAUGCAGCAAUCGGAAGUUUAGAUUAUACCAAUGACCACCACAAAGAAAACAUAAACUUAGUUUUAAUUAAAACUGAUUCUAGUGUUGAGAAGUUUGUUCAACUGUAUCCAUUAAAUCCUUACAGUCGAAAAUUAAAAAUGUUACAGUUGGCCAUAAAGUCAAUGAUAAGUUAUUUUACAGUAAACAUUUGAGUAAAUACCAUAUUUUAUAAUAUUUUUAAAAUGAGACUUAAGAAAUAUAAUGGACUGACACAACAUCCAUUUUAUUCAUUUAAAUUAAAUCAUUUUUUUUUUAUUUUUUUAUUUAUAUUGCUGUUUUAGUACAAGUAAUCAACAUGUUUAAAAUUUUAUCUAAGACAACAUAUUUUUUUUUUUGUGUAUUCGUGUAUUCUAAGAUUUGAAUUCUUGUGCAAAUCAUUUAUUUUAUUUAUUUAAAUAU